CAGGCACCUGGCUAGGUACCUAGUAGUAGUAGGGGUGGAGCAGGUGGCACUGCAGUUGCGGCGCUGGCUGAAGGACCAACCGAGACUCUGAGAGUCAGUUUGUUUGUUCCGCGCCUACUUCUGCUGGCGCAAGUGGACUCUGGCAGUGGAGGGCAGUUGCCAGGCUGUUCGGUCAGGGAGCAGGCCGCAGCAUUAUUACCUGUACUGGAAUGUCGUCUUGGGAGGUCGUCCUCUCAUCUGGGCUAUGAAGAGAAGUCCGAAACUAUAAUAGUCAGAGAAUUGUGCAAUCGGAUGGUUAAGAUCACCUGGAUUCUGUGAGUGCCUCGUGCUAGGAUGUUCAAAUGACCGCUAGGAGUUGCAUUUCUGUGAUGGUGUCCGGCUGCCUUGACAUCGGCAGCAAGGAAGAAGCUGUAUACCAGGCCCUGCUGUGCGCUGUGCAGCGUGUAGCAACUUGCAGCAGCUGGGGAAGCUAUGCUCAGGGUUAACAUAAGCAAGCAUGCUGUGUGUCCUGUCAAUAGCUCCACUUGAAGUCAAGUCCCCCACCAAGCACAUGUGGUGGAAAGGGCUCCUCCGGGGCGACGAAGCCCAGGGGGCGAGUGAGGAGGAGAGACGGCCGCUGCACACAGAUGAGGAAGAGGGGAGAGGCAAUGAUCUUGAAUCGGUGCUGGCGCAAAGAGAUUAUCGGGUUUAUGAGCUCAAUGGAGACAGAAGUGUCUCUGGAGAAACGCAUGGGGCCCGAGGGUACGAGAGGCAGCAGAGUGAGGUUGACAGGAAUACGGCCACCGGGGUUGAUGAUGCGGCAAGGAAAUCCGCAGAGGAGAUGCUGGAGACUCUCAAUCGGCAGCGGCGACGGCCGGGGUAUCGGGUCUCAAUUGACCGGCGUGGCUCUGGAGAGCUGUCGCGCUUGAGCCGCACCUCUACCGCCAACAGCAGCCAGAACUCGCCGCACUCCCAGUCCGAUGAUGGCAGCUCCAUGCAUCACUCGCCUGGUGUCUCCGGCAGGAUAAGUGCCUUGGAUCUUGGGGAUCGGGCACUGGUGGACGAUGGCCGAGGCUUUGCUGGCAGCCUGGGGGAGUUGGACGGGCAGCAGGGGCGCCAAGAUGCAGGCGCAGCGUUUUCGGGCCAUCCGUCGGGGCUGCCCAAUGGGCUGUCGCGCGCCCAGUUCAUGGAGCGCUUCCAGAGCAACGUGCAUGACCGGCUGGACCAGUGGGACUCGUCCACGGCGCGCGAGUUGCUGCGCAACGCGAGCGGGGCCGCCAGCAGCACAGGCACUCCUCCAAACCUGGAUGCUGACAUCUCGGGCCUCUCCACGCCAAGCCCUCUCAACGCCAACACCCCAGAUGCUCCCAGAACGCUUAGAAACAUCCCCCGGCCAGGGGAGGACCCGAACCGGGAUGCAUGGUUCAGAUCUCUCUCGGGCACCCAGUUUGCGGAUUACAACAGAGGUCGAGGAGUGCAGGGGCGGGGCGGCACAGGCCGGGAUGGUGGAUACGAGCGGCUCGCAGAGGGGAGGAGGUAUUCUGAGUCGAGCAGCAGGGCUUCGGAUGAGCAGUACGGGCGGGAUGAUAGCUCACGCUCGGAGGAGCCGCUGGAAACCAUUCCCUGGGAUGACGGUUUGCGACGGGACAGCAUGCUGGCACGGAGCAUGUCCAGCAGGCAGUCGUCGGGGCAGACGUCAGACGGUCCAUUCCCAAUGAUGAGCCGCCAAUCGUCAGGGAACUCGGAGGGCAGCUCGCGCGCCCUGAUUGUGGGCGGGCGCGAUUCGACGGCGGGGGGCAGCCAGUCCACUGCUCUGGCCUUGAUGGACACGGAGGAGCCGUCAAUUGACUUCAAGAAGGAGGAGGAGAACUAUCAGCUGCAGGUGGCACUUGCGCUGCGCGUGACGAGCGAGGCUGCCGCGAUGGACGAGCUGGAGCAGGAGCUGUCGAAGCUGCUCGAGAAGAACGUGGUGGGCGGGGUCGUGUCCGCAGGGGGCACCAUCAAGGCGCUCAGCCAGGCGGAGGCCACAUCGUACCGAUACUGGGUGAACAACAGUCUGGGGUACGACGAGAAGGUGGUGGAUGGCUUCUAUGAGGUGUGGGGCAUGAGCCCGGCCAUGUGGAGCAUGUGCACCGAGAUUGAGGAGUACGGGCGCAUGCCCAGCCUGGACAUGCUGCGGGGGGUGCACCCGGGGGAGACACAAUUUGAGGUCAUCCUGGUGGACCGCUCUGACGGGUCGGACGGCAAGCCCAAGGACCCAGACCUGCUCACGCUGGAGAACAAGGCCAUUGAGCUGGGGUUCAAGCACGAGGACUUCCCAUCGCUGGCACGCGAGCUGGGCAUCAUGGUGGCGGAACACCUGGGCGGUGUUGUGGCGCGCGAGGCUGAGCUGGCGGAUGCGUGGCGCCUUGACAGCUGGGAGCUCAAGAGCAAGAUUGGCAGCAUCGUGCUGCCGCUUGGCACCCUGCGCGUCGGUCUCUGCCGCCACCGCGCCCUGCUCUUCAAGGUGUUGGCGGACAGCAUUGGCAUCCCCUGCCGGCUGGUGCGUGGGUGCAAGCACUGCCAGCGCGAGGACAGCGCGUCGUGCGUGGUGCAGAUCGACGACCGCGAGUACGUCGUGAACAUCCUGACCAAGCCCGGCAUCCUGGACGAGCCGGAUGGGCCCCCCAACUCCACGCCCUUCCACCGCAACGUCACCUCGCCGCUCUACCCCCGCGCCAGCUCAGACGGCUCGCAGGGGGGGCAAGACAAAGGGAAAGAGGGGGAGGAAAAUCAGAACCCCGCAAGCAAGAACAGCCAGGGGGGAGAUGCUGGGGUUGGCAAGCACGAGGAGGGGGGCGAGAAGGCCGCCUCUGCGGAGGCUGGCGGUGGGGCCGAAGGGGUGGUUGCAGGCAGGGGCGCUGGCUUGGAGGCUAGCACAAGUGGACGGGAGGCGGAAGAGGCGGAGGCCGCCAAGCGGGCCACGCCCCCCAGCGUGCGCAAGUCGCUGAUAAACCGGGGGGCGCAGGAGCUGGUCAUUGGCGAGAGGAUCGGAGCAGGGUCGUACGGCAAGGUGUACCGCGCAGACUGGCAGGGGUCGGAGGUGGCGGUGAAGGUGUUUCUGGACCAGGACUUCCGCGAGGAUGCCAUCGAGGACUUCAAGGCCGAGUUCAACAUCAUCCGCCGCUGCCGCCACCCCAACGUCGUCCUCUUCAUGGGCGCCGUCACCAAGCCGCCCAACCUCUCCAUCGUCACCGAGUUUCUCCAGCGGGGCAGCCUGUACCGCAUCCUGCACCGGCCCAACAGCGCGCAGGUGCUGGACGAGCGCAAGCGCAUGCGCAUGGCGAUGGACGUGGCCAAGGGCAUGAACUACCUGCACCGCUCCUCCCCGCCCAUUGUGCACCGCGACCUCAAGAGCCCCAAUCUGCUUGUUGACAAGAACUGGACCGUCAAGGUGUGCGAUUUCGGGCUGUCCCGCUUGAAGAACGCGACGUUCCUGACGUCCAAGAGCAGUGCGGGCACGCCCGAGUGGAUGGCGCCCGAGGUGCUCAAGAACGAGCCGAGCGACGAGAAGGCGGACGUGUACAGCUUCGGCGUGAUCAUGUGGGAGCUCAUCACGCUGGAGCAGCCCUGGAACGGGCUGAACCCCAUGCAGGUCGUCGGCGCCGUCGGCUUCCAGGAGCGCAGACUGCAGCUGCCCGACAACAUCGACCCCGCGCUCGCCACACUCAUCACCGCCUGCUGGCACACGGUGCCGCAGAAGCGGCCAUCAUUUGCCGACAUCAUGGUCGCCCUCAAGCCGCUGCAAGGCGGGCCUGCUCCCAAGGCCGGUGGGGACUGAAGAAGAAGCCCCUUGCGCCCAAGCCAAGUCGUACCAAAUUUUACAGUCGGAUUUUGGUUUCUGGCACGUUAUCGGUAGAUUUCAAACAGGAAGUCUUAGGUCCACUGCAGAGAAGAGGUCGCCAAAGAGGAUUGGUGAAGUUUCUUAUGGUAUUGAGCUUUGUAAGUUGGCUUUGGGUAAUAUAUGCAGAAUAGCUCUUUAGUUGUCGUGACAACUGCUCUAUGAGCCGCUCAGAGCUUGGAUCAGAGCUUCGGGGGGAGGUGCGGAUUUAUUGACGACGUUUUCUGGUGCCUUUGCCAGAGCUAGGCUCUUACGAAAGGCAAAAUCUGAAAGCCGGCUCUGAAGUCCCCGAAACAACCGUUGUAGAGUUAGUCCCGUUUUUGUCAAAAGAGUUAAGUUCCCAGAUGUG